AUGGUGUUUCAGGUUUUGUUGAUUGCCGCUGCUGUCACCACUGCUUUUGCCGGCUAUGCCCGGCCGGCAGCAGUGGCGGCCCCAGCCGUUGCAGCUCCUGUUGUUGCCGCGGCUCCAGCGCCGGCUGUUCUUGUGCAGCCAGCCCAUCCGUACAGCUUCGGCUACGAUUCCAAGGACGAGUUCGGCACUCAUCAAUACCGCAACGAAGUGAGCGACUCGGCCAAUCAGAAGCGCGGAAACUACGGCUACAAGGACGCCGGUGGUGUCUUUAGGCAAGUCGACUACGUGGCCGAUGCCGCGGGUUUCCGGGCCAACGUAUACACCAACGAGCCGGCCGCCCCAGUAGCUGCUGCUCCCGUGGCCGUGGCAAGACCUGCCCUUCCCGCGGCUCCUGUUGUGGCCGCAGCUCCUGUUGUGGCCGCGGCUCCGGUCAGGCCCGCAGUGAGGCCCGCAGCGGUGGCCCUUCCAGCGCCCCCACCGGCUCCCCUGGUGUACGCACCACCUCCCGUGGCCAAGCCACUCCCAGCUCCACUCUCAGCUCCAGUCGCAGCACCAGCCCCAGCUCCUUACCCCGCCGUGUUUCACGCACCAGCGCCAUACUUCACACAGGCGGUUCCUGCUGCAGCGCCAGUUGUGCACUCUGUCGCACCCGUUGUACCGGCGGCACCGGUUGUGCCCGCAGCACCGGUUGUGCCGGCAGCGCCGGUUGUGCCCGCAGCGCCGGUUGUGCCCGCGGCACCGGUUGCACCAGCCCCGGCACCUCUGCUACCAGCGCCAUUCCACUACGGCGUGAGGCCGCCCGUCGCCCUGACGGCUCCAGGACCAUCACCAGUCGCGGUCGCCGCGCCCUACGUUCACUAUUAUUAG